AUGGGUGACUUAAAUGUAUGUUUUCAAAUAGAUACAGAUAAUCGUGAAAAUUUUCCAUCUAUAACAGCUUUUCAAACAUUUAAAGAUCAAAGAGACAGGUUUUAUGAAAUAUUUCGAAUAUGGGAAAAAGACCAUUCAGUGGAUGGAUGGACAUUUCAAAUAGCUUUAGGAAGUAAAGUAAGAACUAUGUUAACAUUGCACAAUGAUGCUACAAAUUAUUAUCAUUUUGCAAGAUUAUUUAAGUCACAACUUUUGAUUUCAUGUAUACAAAAUAGACAACAAGCACAGAUAGAAGAUGAUGAAAGUAUAAGUAUUUUGAAAACUUUGAAAAAUGUAAAUCCACAAAAGCUGAAUCAACUUCAGAAACGAUUAGUAACACCACAGCCUUCCAAAAAUCAAAUUACAGAACCAUCUUUCCCUGGGGUGCAAGAAUUUUUUAAGGAUUUUAUAUUAUUUGCUUUCAAUCCAAUUUUCUAUGUCCAUUUAGAAAAUUGCUUAAUCCAUGAAAUAAUGGAAUUGAAUGAUACUCAGUUUAAUAAUAGUGAAAUAGAAGAUUCAGAAACAACAGUCGAUGAACAAACCCAAGAAAAUUUUAUUACCUGCUUAUCCAGCUUAAGGCUUCUUGCAAAAGUGUUAGGUCUUCUUGUGUCAUUACCAUAUAGGUCAGAAUCAAAUAAUUUUAAAGAAUUAAUAGCAACUCAAGUAGAAGUAAGAAGUAAAGUCGUACCAGCAAUAAAUUUACAUCUGUGUUUACAUAAUGCAAUAGCAUUAGGAAAAUUAUCAUUAACUGUACCUUGGAUAGCAAAAUACUUGGCUAUGAUGGAUACUGUGUCUCUUCGAUUACCAUAUUAUAAACAAACUUUAGAACUCUUAUAUUAUAUUCAUAAAUAUUCAACAUCUGACAGUUUUAUCUCUCAUCAGGCAGUAAUUCUUCUUAAAUCCACUUUAAAUUGGUUAUUUGAAUUACCGAAUAUUCCAAAGGAUUUUUAUCCUACUUGGCAAAAGACAUUUAAAGUUAAAGAAUUACGAAAUUUGAAGCAACUUAAUAAGCAAUAUGUGCAAAAAUAUAUGCUAGUAGGAGAGCCCACUGUGUCUGUUACAUCAACUAAAUCUAAUUUAGAUAAAUUGGAUAUUAUCAAUGAAAGAACAUUGCAUAUAUGUUGUCCAUUGGUUGGGAUUAAUGUAUCUGUAUCAAAUACUAAUACAAAUCUAAAUAAUUAUAAUUCAAAUAAACAUAUAACACCAGUUUCUAGUCAACUUAACAAAUCUGCCAAAAGUGCAGGUAUAAAGCAUCUAGAGUUGCAAUUAGAAGAAGCAUUCUUUCACGGACAACCAGCGUCUACUCGAAAAACAGUUGAUUUUGUGUCAGAACGGGUUGCUUCGACCUGUGUGAAACACAUAUGUAAUACACUUUUAAUGACUUCUAGAGAAACGAAUCUGAAUAAUUUCAGGGAGAUUUUAAAGAUGAAACAAAAUGAAAGACAACCCGAAAAAUUUGGAGAACAAUUAAUUAACGCCAAAGAUUUUAAGGCAUUAGUGGUAACUGAUAUGAAUACUUUGGCUACAAAUGUGUCUAAAGAAUUAAAAGGUCAAUAUGAAGCAACUAUACCAGGAAUUUGUGAGUCGCGGGUCACUAAAUCCAUAGAAUCUCUUUUGGCAGAAGAUUCUUUGGCACCUGUAAAAGAAAUGUGUUGUAAAAUUGCCAUCAGACUAGCUAUGGAACGUAUAUAUCAAUGGAUACAAUCUCAUAUAGUGGGUGGAUCAUUGUUUAUAAAAGAUAUGGAACUCGAAUUAAAUAGAUUUUUAAAGAACAGUACUCCAUUAGAACCUAUGCAAGAAAAAAAACAUAAUCCCAAUGCUAUUAGUCCAACAACUAUCACUGAUAAUAUGAGGGAAUUUAUAUUGCUUAUUCUCGACAACGGUGGUGAUUCUUUAACAAUAACGGUUAUCACGACGAUAUUGGAUACUUUAUAUCAGACUUUAAAUGAAAGAGCUGAUUUAGUUGUGGGGACUGAGAAGGUUUUAUAUUCUCUUAGUACAGAUUUCGCUCUGUUUUUAGUUGCUUAUCGAAGCGAUCUUUUUAUUCCAAAAGUUCAAGAAAAAUUUAUAACAAUAUGGUCAAUGAGUCGUUGCAAAGCUUUGGAAUCUGAUUCACCUAUACGCAGAAUAUUUAGUUCUAGAAACGUUAUGCUUUUGGCUCAAUCAGAAAAAGAAGAAGUUUGGACAGUAUUUGGAAAAUUCAUUAAAAAAUUGAUAGAGAAAAACGUUUUAGAUAUUAAUUGUUUUAGCGAUCAAUGUGUAGCUUUAUUUAGGCAGAACUGGCCCGUGCCCAUGUUGAUGCGUCUUUCAACUUGUUUAAUGGAAGUUAUGACAGAUUUCAAAGAAUCAGAUAGAACAACAGGAAAAGUAAGAUAUCUACUUGGAUGGAUAGCCGAAGCAUAUAAGGAGUUAGCAUUUUUUGGUGAAUGUGGUAGUAGCGAAGAAAUGGAGACACUUUACACGGGAGCGAUCCAUGGGUUUCCCCAAUCGAACGGUGGCCUGACUAAUGGGAUCUCCACGGGAAUCGCCAGCUCGUUCGACCAAGACGGAGUUUUGAGUCUCAUCGUCGUUCUGGGCGGAAGCUUGUCCCUGGUUGCUCUGGUUUUCGCCUUUAUUACCUACAGGUAA